UGAACAAAUAGUAUAGCCGCUCUUCCCGAUAUUUGCGUCACCUGAGUAAGAUAACCAUACAAUCUCAAAAGAAUCAUGGACGACAAGAUCCAACAUAAAAUGGAAGUCGACUAUUCCGUUAGCGUCGAUAAUUUACUCGUAACAGUAAAGUCUUUAUUAGCGGUACGUUUUGAGCCAGAUGAUGUUUCAUUACUGGCUGUAAAUAGGAAUGAAGAUGCUUAUUUUUAAAAAAAUAUAGGCUGGCAAUUUCGAGUCUGCUGUCGAACAGUGUGUUUCUCUCGAAAAACAAACAAGAACAGCUUCUGAUGCUAUAUCAACGGGGCGACUGCUAGAAGCAAUUGUCGAAAUUUUAGCUGAAAAUUCUCAGUGGCCACGACUCAAUGAGCAUCUUAUUUUAAUGACAAAGAAGCACGGUCAGAUGAAGCAGUCCGUAUCCAAGAUGGUUCAAAAAGCCAUGGAAUAUCUUGAUAAAACACCGAGUGAACCUGUUAAACUCGAGUUAAUCGAAGCUCUUAGGAAUGUCACAGAAGGAAAAAUUUAUGUUGAAACUGAGAGAGCACGUUUGACAAAGGAAUUAGCACGAAUCAAAGAAUCUCAUGGAGAUAUUGAGGGGGCUGCCGCGGUAUUGCAGGAUCUUCAAGUUGAAACAUUUGGUUCUAUGGAAAAGAAGGAGAAAGUGGAAUUCAUGUUGGAACAGAUGAGGCUUUGUUUGGCUAGAAAGGACUUUAUCCGCACCCAAAUCAUAAGCAAUAAAAUAUCAACUAAGUUCUUUGCUGAUGCAGAAAACGAGGACUUGAAACUCAAGUUCUACAACCUGAUGAUUAACUUAAAUGCUCAUGAUUCUCUCUACUUGAAUAUUAGCAAAAAUUAUUGGGAGAUAUACAAUUCAAAAAGUGUACAAGAAGAUGAACAAAAGCGGUUGCUAGUACUCAGGCAUGUAAUCAUAUAUUUGUUACUUUCUCCUUAUGACAACGAACAACAUGACUUAAUGUGUCGCCGAAAGCUGGUAAAGGAUAUGGAAAAAAUACAAAUUUACUUUGAUAUGCUCAAAGCAUUUACAACACAAGAAUUAUUAAAGUGGGAUGAAUUCUCUAAUCUAUACGAGCAUGCUUUACGUACAGAAACUGAUGUAUUUUCCAAGAAAGCCGAUGAAUCAGAAUGCGAAAAACGCUGGCGUGAUCUACAUUUACGAGUAAUUGAGCACAAUAUUCGUGUAAUAUCUGAAUACUAUACAAGAAUCCGGCUCCAUCGGUUAUCUCAGUUGUUAGAUUUGGAUAUCGAUAAAACUGAGGAAUAUCUGUCGAAACUAGUGGUAAAUAAAACAAUUUAUGCUAAAAUUGAUCGACUUGAAGGAGUGGUACACUUUAUAGCCAAAAAGAUGCCGACGGAAGUUUUAAAUGAUUGGUCUUACAAUACUAGAAAUUUAAUGGCAUUGAUCAAUCAAACAACACAUUUAAUCAACAAAGAACGUAUGAUCCAUGGUGUGUAAAAUAAAAUUAUGAGUCUGUUAUUCUUGCUUUAUAUAAAUAAAAUUUUUGUUUGC